GGGGAGGAGGACCAUUAGCUGGCCUUCGUCUUUUUCCGCCUGCUGAAAAAGCGAGCCGCCACCUUAAUCGGCGGUUCCACCUACCGCUUUACCCUCUCCUCACUUCCCAUUCCCAGCCCUCGAACGGAACAAGAGAUGAUCGCCGUCCAAGAUCAAUCCGCGCAGGAAUCCUCUCCGCCGUCCUCGGGCAAGCAGCGAUCCCUUCACCGGAUCCUCGGCGGCGGAAUGAUUGCUGAUGUGAUCCUCUGGAGGAAGAAGAAUGUAACCGUGGGAAUUCUCAUUGGUGUACUUGCGUCUUGGAUCAUCUUUGAGGUAGCUGGAUAUACCCUUCUGUCGCUUGUCUCAAAUGUUCUGCUUCUCUUGAUCUCCAUCCUUUUCGUGUGGGCAAAGGCUGCCGAAGUUCUCAACAGACCACCUCCACCCAUACCAGAGAUGUACCUAAAUGAAGAAAUGAUACAUGAAGCUUCCGAUUUUUGUCAAUUCCAUGCAAACAAAAUCUUCUCUGCGUUCAAUGAUAUUGCACGGGGGAAGGAUUCCAAACUUUUCUAUUCCAUUGCUAUGUGCUUAUUGCUAGCCUCUACAAUUGGUCGUUUGGCUGAUAUUCUUACAUUGAGUUACACAAGCGUUGUACUCAUCUUAACAGUCCCAGCACUGUAUGGGAAGUAUGAAGAUGGCGUUGAUAGAUGUGUGAAGACAGUACACAUGGAAGUGCAGAUGUACCAGAGGGUGUACAUUGAGUCGUUUAACAACUACUACAUUCAAGUUAAGAAGUGGAUUUUGGUAAAGAAGAAUUUACUUGCUGAUGUGUGAUUAUACUUUGGGGAAUUUUGUCCAAUAUGCUCUUGAAAAUAUUAUAUCAAGGUAUUUUUGAGUGAAAUGUGUAGCAAAAGAACUUGGUU